AUGAAGGAAAAGCUAUUAAGCUUUCAUGAUGUGUUUGUUCUAGGAUGGUUUUAUAUUCGCUCGGCUCGUGGAGGGCUGCAUUUGGUAGCUGAUGGUCAUAUCUUCUACGAAGAUGGUGGCUCUCACCCCCGACGCGUAACAUGGCGAUGCGCGCGAUCCUAUCAAAAGGCUGAGAGAUGUCAGGUGGCACUGUGCUUGAGGGAUGGCAGGCUGGUGUAUUUUCGAGGUUCCCACAACCAUCCCGCUACCUAUAACCCCUUGAAGCACGAGUCCAGGAGGUUCGAAGUGGAUCCUAUGGGCAAGUACAAAAUUGUUGAGAGUUGUGCGCCCAGAACUAUGGUUGCGACGCCACCCGUAGUGAUUCCUAGCGCACCCCAGGCGGCUCUCUUCCUAUAG